GCGCAGGGGGAACCGGAGCCAUUUUUUUUUUAAACCAUUCAUGCGAAGCUGCGCGGACGGAGUGGAGGUGCUAAUGUUGUUGGGUGUGUGAUCAGCCCGGACAAGGUUACUGCGGUGUUACCUAUCAAAACCAACCGGAGUGACAGGAGAGACGUGCGCCUGCCGAGAGCAUGGCUCCUGUGCAACAAAGGAAAACUCAUCAGCCGAAAGUUUAGAGGAAUAAAACAAGCUGCAGAAACCACUCCGAGUCCCGAGCGCGCACACCGAGGAGCGAUGCACUUCGUUAAAUGGAAUUUGUUGUUACUUUUUUGGUUGUGCAAACUGGUUUCGCCGGUGGAUUGUUACGUCGUGCACAUCAGUGAGGAUGCGGGGCUAAGGACGGCUGUGGCCGGCGUGGAGCGCGGCGCACGGUGUACUUUGGAUCAGGUACUCGCUCCCACAUUCACGGAGCAGUUUCUGGAGACGGACGAGGCAGCGGGCAUUGUGUUCGUUUCGGGCUCGAUAAAGUGCUCCUCGCUGCACUCCAACCCCUUCACCGUGUACACUGUGGCGGACUGCACGGACUCCGGCUACAGGCACCUUCUCACCAGCCAAUACGACGUGCAUGUUCAUGGUAGGAACUGUUCAAACAGGCGUAAAAGGAAAUCACAGUGGGACGUGGAGGUCCUCAGUUUGUUUAGUUCCCACAGCCACCACCGCUCAGAGUGCCACCAAGCGCAUUCCGCUUUAUUUCCAGUGGGGGGUCUGCUACCUGGCUCCCUGAUCCGCUGCAAGGUCACCAACACUCGGUACUUUUAUUUCUUUGAGGAGCACUUGUUUGUGUCUGAGACUCUGUGCUGGAGGCAGGACACCCUCCUGGAGCUAGACCUGCUCUGUGAAGUAUUCACAGGAAGCGGUUUGAAUGCUAAAACCAGCCCCAUCUCUAUCCACUGGCGUGUGGGGCAGGGCCCCUUUAGGCAGGGCCACCUAGGGAAGCUGUUAGAAAAGGCAGCUCAGUCUGAAUCAGGGAUUGUGAGUAGGAGGAGGAGAAGCAUCAACAGCAGCCCUCAGUUUCAGCCCCCAAUGUACCAAGUGUCUGUGGCAGAGAAUAAGCCGGCUGGGACUCCCGUUGUUGUUUUGAAAGCAGUGGAUGUGGAUGAGGGGGAGGCAGGCAGACUGGAGUAUUUCAUAGAGGCCCUCUUUGAUAGUCGUUCCAACAAUCUCUUUGCUGUGGACUCGGCCACUGGUGCCGUAUCCACAGUUGAGGUGCUGGACCGGGAGACAAAAGACACCCAUGUGUUUCGCGUGACUGCAGUUGACCACGGCACACCUCGACGUACAGCCAUGGCUACCCUCACUAUCACAGUCAGUGACACAAAUGAUCAUGACCCUGUCUUUGAGCAGCAGGACUAUAAGGAAAGCAUCAGGGAGAACUUAGAAAUAGGCUAUGAGGUGUUGACUGUGAGGGCCACUGAUGGAGAUGCACCUGUUAAUGGUAACAUCCUGUAUCACAUUCUCAACAGUAAUGGAUCCAAUGACGUGUUUGAGAUAGAUUCGAGGUCUGGCGUCAUUCGUACUAAAGGCCUGGUAGACAGAGAGGAGGUAGAAGCUUACAUGCUGUUAGUUGAAGCAAAUGACCAAGGUCGUGACCCUGGGCCCCUCAGCUCCACAGCUACUCUUCACAUAGUGGUAGAGGACGACAAUGACAACACACCCCAGUUCAGUGAGAAACGCUAUGUGGUCCAGGUACCUGAGGACAUGGCCCCUAACACAGAGAUCCUGCAGGUCACCGCCACAGAUAAGGACAGAGGGAACAACGCUAUUGUUCACUUCAGCAUUAUGAGCGGAAACACCAGAGGACAGUUUUAUAUCGAUGCUCAGACAGGUAAAAUGGACCUGGUGAGUCACUUGGAUUACGAGGCAAAUAAAGAAUACACUCUGAGAAUUAGAGCUCAGGAUGGAGGACGCCCUCCGCUCUCCAACAUCAGUGGCCUGGUGACAGUGCAGGUGUUGGACAUCAACGACAACGCACCCAUUUUUGUUAGCACUCCAUUCCAGGCCACUGUGCUGGAGAAUGUGCCCCUGGGCUACUCUAUAAUCCACAUCCAAGCAGUGGAUGCAGACUCGGGAGACAACUCCAGGCUGGAGUAUUGCCUCACUGACACCACGCCAAACUUCCCCUUCACCAUCAACAACAGCACAGGGUGGAUCAUAGUGGCAGCUGAGCUGGACAGGGAGAGUGUCGAUUUUUACAACUUUGGAGUGGAGGCCCGCGAUCACGGCUACCCGGUCAUGUCCUCUUCAGCCAGCAUUAGCAUGACUAUUCUAGAUGUAAAUGACAACAACCCGGAGUUCACUCAGAAGGCGUAUUAUAUGCGCCUGAAUGAGGAUGCGGCCGUGGGGACCAGCGUGGUGACGGUGUCGGCUGUGGACCAGGACAUUAACAGUGUGGUGACCUAUCAGAUAUCCAGUGGAAACACCCGUAACAGAUUCUCCAUCACAAGUCAGAGUGGAGGGGGGCUCAUCACACUGGCACUGCCUUUAGACUACAAACUGGAACGACAAUAUGUCCUCACUGUCACUGCCAGUGAUGGUACCCGCUUUGACACUGCAAAAGUGUUUGUUAACGUAACAGAUGCCAACACUCAUCGACCUGUCUUUCAAAGCUCACAUUACACCGUCAACAUCAACGAGGACAAACCUGUGGGCACCACUGUUGUUGUAAUAAGUGCCACAGAUGAAGAUACGGGUGAGAACGCACGCAUCAGCUACUUCAUGGAUGACAGCAUCCCUCAGUUUGACAUCGACGCAGAUACAGGAGCUGUCACCACACAGAUGGAGCUGGAUUACGAGGACCAGGUAUCCUACACUCUUGCCAUCACCGCUCGGGAUAAUGGCAUCCCGCAGAAAUCUGACACCACCUACCUGGAGAUACUGGUGAAUGACGUGAACGACAACUCCCCCCGUUUUCUCAGAGACCACUAUGUGGGCUCUGUGAUGGAAGACGUGCCAGUGUUCACCAGUGUGGUCCAGGUUUCGGCCACCGAUCGAGAUUCUGGCCUCAACAGCCGUGUCUUCUACACCUUCCAGGGCGGGGAGGAUGGUGAUGGCGAUUUCAUAAUUGAAUCUACCUCCGGUAUUGUUCGCACGCUGCGAAGACUGGACAGGGAAAAUGUGCCUGUUUACAGUCUGCAAGCCUUCGCUGUAGAUAAAGGUGUUCCUGCUCUGAAAACACCAAUAAACAUUCAAGUAACAAUUCUGGAUGUGAAUGACAACCCGCCUGUGUUUGAGGAAGAUGAGUUUGACAUUAUGGUGGAAGAAAACAGCCCCAUAGGUCUUGUGGUUGCACACAUAUCAGCCACAGAUCCAGAUGAAGGCAGUAAUGCACAGAUUAUGUACCAGAUAGUGGAGGGAAACAUCCCAGAGGUGUUCCAGCUGGACAUCUUCUCUGGAGAACUGACUUCAUUAAUAGACCUCGACUAUGAGACGAGAUCUGAGUAUGUCAUCGUGGUCCAGGCCACCUCUGCCCCUCUGGUCAGCCGCGCCACAGUCCACAUCAAACUUGUCGACAAGAACGAUAAUGUGCCUGUACUCAAAAACUUCCAGAUCAUCUUCAACAACUAUGUGACUGACAAAGCGAAGAGCUUCCCCACCGGAGUGAUCGGCCGCAUCCCCGCCCAUGACCCCGACGUCUCGGAUCAGCUCCACUACAGCUUCGAGGUGGGAAAUGAGCUGAACCUAGUCCUCCUGAACCAAAGCACAGGGGAGAUCCAGCUGAGCCAGGCCCUGGAUAACAACCGGCCCCUGGAGGCCUCCAUGAGGAUCUCAGUGUCAGAUGGUAUCCACUCAGUGUCGGCUCAGUGCCUUCUCCAAGUCACCAUCAUCACCGAUGAAAUGCUGUCCAACAGCAUUACACUGAGGCUGGCCAACACCUCCCAGGAGCACUUCCUCUCUCUGCUGCUUGCCCAGUUUCUCGACGGCGUGGCCCGCGUCCUAUCGGCCGCCCCUGAGGACGUUGUCAUCUUUAACAUCCAGGAUGACACAGAUGUCAGCGCUCACAUCCUCAACGUCAGCCUGUCUGUGGCGGUGCCCGUGUUUGGGGAGGGACACCAGCGGCCUGGAGGACCGAGCGGUCACGAAGGUGACAGACAUGGGAGAGGGGCUGAAAGUGGAGGUGGAGAGUUUUUCGCCUCAGAGGAACUCCAGGAGAGGCUGUACCUGAACCGCAGCCUUCUUGCCCAGAUCUCUUCCCAGGAGGUUCUUCCCUUUGACGACAACAUCUGCCUGCGCGAGCCAUGUGAGAACUACAUGAAGUGUGUGUCAGUGCUGAAGUUUGAUAGCUUGGCGCCGUUUGUUGCUUCAGACACCAUCCUAUUCAGACCCAUUCAUCCCAUUGCCGGGCUGCGCUGCCGCUGUCCCACCGGCUUCACAGGCGACUACUGUGAGACGGAGAUUGAUCUGUGCUACUCUAAACCCUGUGGAGCCCACGGUGUGUGUCGCAGCAGAGAGGGAGGCUACACCUGCGAGUGCUUCGAGGACUACACAGGAGACCGCUGUGAGCUGUCGUCCCGCUCCGGACGCUGUGCUCCGGGCAUCUGCAAGAACGGUGGCACCUGCGUCAACCUGCUGGUUGGUGGGUUUAAAUGCGAGUGUCCACCAGGCGGCUACGAGAAGCCCUACUGUGAGAUGACCACACGUAACUUUCCCCCGCACUCCUUCCUGACCUUCAAGGGCCUCCGCCAGCGCUUUCACUUCACACUCUCUCUCACAUUUGCUACCAAAGAGCCCAACGGUUUGUUACUCUACAAUGGCCGCUUCAAUGAGAAACACGAUUUUAUUGCCAUGGAAAUAAUCAAUGAACAGAUACAGGUCACCUUCUCUGCAGGUGAGACCAAAACCACAGUGUCACCUUAUGUCCUUGGAGGUGUCAGCAAUGGCCAGUGGCACGUGGUGGAAGUUCACUACUACAAUAAGCCAGUCUUAAACCAGGCCGGCCUCCCGCAGGGCCCCUCGGACCAGAAGGUCGUUGUAGUGACGGUGGACAACUGUGACACCUCUGUGGCCCUGAGGUUUGGGCACAUGAUUGGAAACUACACCUGCUCUGCUCAGGGCAGCCAGUCGGGAUCCAAAAAAUCUCUGGACCUGACUGGCCCCCUGCUCCUUGGAGGAGUCCCCAAACUUCCAGAAGAUUUUCCUGUUGGUAACCAGCAGUUUGUGGGCUGCAUGAGGAACCUACAUAUUGACAAUCAGCACAUAGACAUGGCCAGCUUCAUAGCUAACAACGGCACUCUGCCAGGAUGCUCUGCCAAAAGACAUUUCUGCAACAACAGCCCGUGUCUGAAUGGAGGGACCUGUGCGAACCUGUGGGGCUCCUUCAGCUGUGACUGCCCACUUGGCUUUGGAGGACAAACCUGUGAAAGAGUCAUGGCCAGCCCGCAGCAUUUCCUGGGUGACAGCCUGUUGCAGUGGAACAACCUGGCGGUGGUGGAGGCCUCCGUCCCCUGGCAUGUAGAGCUCAUGUUCCGCACACGUCAGGCCAGCGCCACACUGCUGCACAUCUCCUCCGGGCUGCAGCACAAUCUCACACUGCAGCUACGCGGGGGGAGUGUGUUGAUGGGGCUGCACAGAGGCGAAGACUUGACUCUCUCUCGCGUUGAGGAAGUGCUGGUGAAUGAUGGAGACUGGCAUCAUUUACAGCUGGAUAUCAGCAGUUUGGGAGGAGCGGCGAGCCACCAUAAAGCUGUGCUGUCUUUAGAUCAUGGGCUCUACCUGGCCAGUAUGGAGGUCGACGGGAGGCUGCAGGACUCCAAGCUGAAGACUGUGAGCGUGGGUGGUUUGUCAAGGCCUGAUGGAAAAAUCCAGCAUGGCUUCCGUGGUUGUAUACAGGGUCUGCGUGUUGGGGGGGCUCUGAGUGUCUCUCAGGCCAGGAAGGUGAACGUGGAGUCGGGCUGCACCCUGCCCGACCCUUGCAGCUCCAGCCCCUGUCCUGUCAACAGCUACUGCAGCGACGACUGGGACAGCUACUCCUGCACCUGUCUCCCUGGUUACUAUGGCACCAACUGCACUGAUGUCUGCUCAUUAAACCCAUGUGAACACGAGUCAGCCUGCACCAGGAAGCUUGGCCCCUCUCAUGGUUACACCUGUGACUGUCCCAGCAACUACUUUGGCCAUUACUGCGAAAAAAAGACUGACUUGCCCUGUCCGAGAGGUUGGUGGGGUCACAAAACCUGCGGCCCGUGUAACUGUCACACCGAUAAGGGCUUUGAUUCUGAUUGCAACAAGACCAGUGGAGAGUGUCGCUGUAAGGACAACCACUACCGUCCUGAAGGCAGUGACACCUGCCUGCUGUGUGACUGCUACCCAGUCGGCUCCAUCUCCAGAGCGUGUGACAGAGAGAUCGGCCAGUGUCAGUGUAAACCUGGUGUGAUCGGGCGCCAGUGUGACCGCUGUGACAACCCCUUUGCUGAGGUUUCUCCCAGUGGUUGUGAAGUCAUCUAUGACAGCUGCCCUCAGGCCAUCGAGGCUGGGAUCUGGUGGCCCAGGACUAAGUUCGGUCUCCCUGCAGCAGUUCCCUGUCCCAAGGGAACACUUGGCACAGCGAUCCGACACUGUGAUGAGCACAAGGGCUGGCUGCCUCCCAGUCUCUUCAACUGUACCUCCGUCACCUUCAGCAAGUUGAAAGACCUGUCUGAAAAGCUUUCCCGUAAUGCAUCGCUCCUGGACUCUGGACACAUUCAGCAGACAGCAGCCAUGUUGGCCAACGCCACCUUGCACACAGAGAAAUACUAUGGCAGCGAUGUGAAAAUAGCUUAUCGUCUCACACAGAGACUGCUGCAGCACGAGAGCAGCCAGCAGGGCUUCAACCUCACAGCUACACAGGACGUCCACUUCACUGAGAAUCUGGUCCGUGUGGGCAGCGCCAUCCUGUCUCCAGACAUGCGGCCACACUGGGAGCUGAUCCAGCACACAGAGGGCGGCACAGCAGCGCUGCUGCGCCACUACGAGGAAUACGCAAACACACUGGCACAGAACAUGAGGAAGACCUACCUCAGCCCCUUCACCAUUGUCACACCACACAUAGUCAUCUCUGUCGACCGUCUGAAAAAGAUGAACUUUGCUGGAGCGAAACUCCCACGAUACCAGUCCCUGAGGGGCCCUCGUCCUGUGGACCUGGAUACGGCCGUCACGCUGCCUGACUCUGUCUUCCACCCACCUGUGGUUACAAAGGGCCACAGGCACCUGGAUGUUUUCCCAGAGUCCUCAGUGAGGAAUCGCUCCACUAACAGGAAGAAACGCCAGCCUGACGACAGCCAGCAGGACGCCAUUGCCAGUGUGAUCAUCUUCCACAGCCUGGCCUCACUGUUACCAGAGAGCUAUGAUCCUGACAAGAGGAGCCUGCGGGUGCCAAAGCGUCCAGUCAUCAACACACCGGUGGUGAGUAUCACAGUGCACGACAAUGACGAGCUGCUGCAGCACACGCUGGACAAACCCAUCGCCGUGCAGUUUCGUCUGGUCACCACUGAGGAGCGCUCCAAACCCAUCUGUGUCUUCUGGAACCACACUAUACUUGCUGGUAACGGUGGCUGGUCAGCGAAGGGCUGUGAAGUGGUUUUCAGAAACAGCACCCACAUCAGCUGUCAGUGUUAUCACAUGACCAGCUUUGCUGUGCUCAUGGACAUUUCUAGGAGAGAAAAUGGAGAGAUUCUGCCAAUCAAAAUUCUGACUUGGAGUACAGUUGGUGUGACGCUGGGCUUCCUCUUCCUCACCACAAUCUUCCUCCUCAGUCUGAGAGCCAUGCAGUGCAACAAGACGAGUAUAAUCAACAAUGGGGCCACCGCUCUUUUCUUCUCUGAGCUCAUCUUCAUCCUGGGCAUCAACCAGGCUGACAACCCGUUCUUGUGCACAGUCAUUGCCAUCCUGCUGCACUUCUUCUAUCUCUGCACUUUCUCCUGGCUCUUCCUGGAGGGACUACACGUUUACCGCAUGAUCAGCGAAGUGCGAGACAUCAACUAUGGACCCAUGAGAUUCUAUUACCUGAUUGGCUGGGGAGUUCCUGCCUUCAUCACAGGUCUGGCGGUUGGGUUGGAUCCUGAAGGGUACGGAAACCCAGACUUUUGUUGGCUGUCAAUGUACGACACUCUCAUCUGGAGCUUUGCUGGACCCAUCGCCAUGGUGGUGUCGAUGAACAUCUUCCUUUACAUCCUGUCGUCCAGAGCCACCUGCUCACUGAGACACCACAGCAUUGAGAAGAAAGCGCCUCCUGUUUCAGGCCUGAAGACCGCAGGGGGCGUCCUCUUCCUGAUUUCACUCACGUGUUUUCUGGCGCUCCUCUCCGUCAACAGCGACAUGAUCAUCUUCCACUACCUGUUCGCUGGGUUCAACUGUGUGCAGGGCCCCUUUAUUUUCAUCUUCCGCAUUGUCCUCAAUAAGGAGGCAAGGACUGCCAUGAAAUACUGCUGCAGCCGCAAGCGUCCAGAUCAUAUGAUCAAAUCCAAGGCCUCGGGAUACAAAUGCAACACAAACUACAUGGACGGCAGGUUAUACCACCUUCCCUUUGGAGACUCCAGUGUGUCUCUGAACGGCACCAUGCAGAGCAGCAAGAGCCAGCAGAGCUAUGUUCCAUUCGUCCUUCGGGAUGACGGUUUAAGUAACAGUCAGGCACACAUCGCUUUGAACGACCAAGCGUCACUCUUCCAUGAAAAUAAAGAGCACCUGGAUGAUCAUGACAGCGACUCAGAGAGCGACCUGUCUCUGGAGGAUGACCAGAGCGACUGCUGUGACAGUGAAGAUGAGGAGGGUCCCCUCCCCCCAGAGGAAUGCUGGGAAAACCUGGCAUCCAACGUGGCCAAGAGAUCACAACCACAUGACGGCAGUUUCAGUGUGACGCACUGGCCUGGAGAUUACGCAGCAGCAGCGAGGGAUGGCGAACUCACAGGUACUGAAAGAAUGAAGACAGAAACUCUGGCCGAUCCCGAGCUGAGCCUUGGCUGCGACACACGGACGCAGGACAUCUUGAUGGUGCUGCCUCCCAGUCUGCCGAUGUUCACCACCCAUCCUCACAAAGGGAUCCUGAAGAAGAAGCAGCUUUCUCCAAUCGUAGAGAGGAACGGUCUCGGCCGUACCCACAGUGAACCGUGUGAAAACGCCCCAGGCUCGGGGUCUUCACGGGGAUCCUCGUCCAGUGGCAGUCGAGGCAGCCCGGUUAAACCCAGCCUGCCCGAUCAACUGAACGGUGUCGCCGUGAGCAUCAAGGCGGGCACGGUGGAUGGAGACUCAUCAGGAUCAGAGUCAUAGAGCCUCCUUCUUCAACAGCGACUGCAAACUGGGAGCGCCGGACUUCCCUACAAAAAAAAGGGAAAAGAAAUGGAAAUAAAAGGAAUUCCCCCUCAUGAUCAUGAGUCACUGAAGGUGUGUGUGUGAGUUCAUACAUAUGUGCCAAACCUCAGGAGUCACUGCACUGGCCAAGCUCGCGCACACCGACAGAAUGAGUCUCACUUGCCCUUUAAAGAAAUUGUUUUGUUUACAUACUUGAAGCAAUGCACUUUUUUAAAAUUUAAUGCCCAGAUGUGUUAGCGGUUAACCUUUUUUUUUUUUUUUUGUGGGAAAAUUUUUCCAGGAUAUAUAUUUUGUUUUGAAGACUGUGGAAGCGGUCAUGUUUGGGGGCGGGACAUUUUGCUGUAGACUUGCAAACAUUCAGGGAAAUUCCUUUUUCAUGAAUAACUACUUUGUAAAUGUCAUUUCGGCUCGCCUGCUUACGUUACUGACUGAGCAGUUAAGAGUUUGCGCCAGUCUGAGGUUCGAGGGGUUCAGACUCAGGUCACUGAGUUACAUGACAGUCCAAGUGCAGGUCGGUCACGGAUGUAGAGGCUCUUCCUGGAUUCCUGAACUUUAAAAACAAACUGUAUCUGCCUGUUCAUGGAUGCUCCAUAUAAGCUAUUUCUCAUUAAUGAAGGAUGUUUCCAGAAGCAACAGCUGGAGGGACUCCACCUUCAAGAGGGUAAACCUGCAUGUGCUGACCUAAAAAGGACUCAAAGGACUUUUGAUACUUUUUUUGUAAAUCAAAGAGAGCACAUUUUUUUUAUGGACAUUAAAAGAGCUCAUGGUAUAAAUCACAUUCAUUCAAGUUCAGUAACUAAACAGCUGUGUUUUAUAGUUUAGCUACGGAGCUUUUGUCUUUUGUAAAUUAAUGAAAUACAUGCAAAUUUGUGCUGUAAUACUAUUUGAGCUGCAAUCCAUUUUUACUGUUCAGAGGCCUGUAAAUGAAUCAAGAACAUAUCUUCAAAUCAAAGUAAACAUGUCACACACCCUGUUUUUAGAAAAUGUUAGAUUCAGUAGAUGUCAUUUUUACCAACCUUAUAAAUUUGAUGUAUACAAGAAACACUACCACCAGGUCAAUCAUAUCACUGGUAUCCCAACAGGUUUGUCUCGUUUACACUGUUUUCUAUCAUUUCCACUUUACCUCAGACUUUUAUCAGUGCCAAGCCACUUUUUACAAUGUUUUACAUUGCAGUUGUUUGCUGAUAUCAAGGUGCAUCCUGCCACUGUACAUGUAAAAUAAUUAGAUAUUUGCUAUAAAAGGGGCCGUGUUACAAACUUUUAUUUUGGAAGUUGCAGCCUGUUUAUUUUCACAUAAACUUCACUUGAAUCUGUUGACUUGUAAAAUUUAAACAAAAUAUCAACAUUGUGGGAAUCACACUUAUUUGCUUUUUUCUGGUGGGUAAGAAGGUCAAUACCAGCAGCCGGCUAACUUAGCUUGGCACAAAGUCUAGAAAUUGGGGGAAACAGCUAGCUUGUCAAAUAGUAAAAUGAAUUAACCUACCAGGCCUCAACAGCUGGUAUAGCACGCUAGAUCUUGUUUGUUAAUUCUGUACAAGGGAUUAUGUUCACUGUAAAACAUUAUACAGGAAUAGGAAAUUGUUUUUGAAUGAAUGUCUAACUGCUAUUUUUAAAAUAAGAUUUUAAAAAAAGUUUUAUUUUAUAUUUUACAGUGUGCCAGACUUUUUCUUGGGGUCGCUGCUGGGUGUCUGGCAACUGCUCUGACCCAAGAAAUAGUCCAGCACAUACAGUAGCUCCCAGUGCUAUAGAUGCAUUCGUUACCAGGCUUACUGUUUCCUUCUGUGUCCAGUUUUUAUGCUAAGCUAAGCUAAUGGCCCAUUAGCUAUAGCGUCAUAUUUAACAAAGUAUGACAGUCCUAACCACCUUCUCAUUUAACCCAUAGGAAGAAAGCACAAGUGUAUUUCCAAAAAUGUUGAAUUACUCCUUUAUGUUCAUUUUUGUUUUUGAACACACGUUUCCUGUUUUACACAGCUGCUGUUGUAGAUGUCAAAGCUGUAGUGACACAAGGUAGUCUCUGCUACAUGACUUGUACAUUUCUAUGUGGAAAGACUUUGUAACUGAUUUCACAAAAGUUCAAGUAAAAAGAGACAGUUCCAGUUUUAA